AUGGAGUUCAUGCAUGUCCAUGGCAAGGAAAAAGAUACAAGCCGAAGAAAAGAACCCACUCUCCUAUUAGAAAAGAAAGCCGCUGAAUUCUUCUUCGUUCCCCUUCCCCUCCUCCGUCGCCGUCCUACUCCUACCCGGCCUCCUGUGAAGCAGGACGGGGUUGAGUUGCACCAGCUCAAGUCAAGGGAUAUAGAGAGAGGAGAGACGUACAUCAGUUGUAGCUCUGGAGGAACCUAUACCAAUGGUAAAGUGAUGGUGAGCGUGGCGAGCCCGAGCCCGAUGGUGCGGUCGGAGGAGGACCUGGGCCCGCCGUGGCUGCGGCCGCUGCUGGACACGAGCUUCUUCGUGCCGUGCCAGCUGCACCCGGAGCUGAGCAAGAACGAGUGCAACCUCUUCUGCCUCGGCUGCACCGGCGACGCCCUCUGCGCCUACUGCCUACCGGCGCACCGCGACCACCACGUCGUCCAGAUCCGGCGUUCGUCGUACCACAACGUGAUCCGGGUGUCGGAGGUGGGGAAGCUGAUCGACAUCUCCCACGUGCAGACGUACGUGAUCAACAGCGCCAAGAUCGUGUUCCUCAACGGCCGGCCGCAGACCAGGCCCGGCAAGGGCGUCACCAACACCUGCGAGAUCUGCUGCCGGAGCCUCCCGGACUCCUUCCGCUUCUGCUCCCUCGGAUGCAAGCUGGGAGGGAUGCAGCGGGACCCGAGCCUGACAUUCGCCAUACGGCCGAAGCGCGGGCAGGGCUCCGACGACGACGGGUCCGGCUCCGACGACUCGUUCUGCCCCAAGAAGCCCCGGCGGAUGGCCGGGUUCGACGACGAGGGUAUCCGGAGGUCCAACAACGGGCCCUUCACGCCCGGGACGCCGCCGAUCAACCGCCGGUGCCGGCCGUCCAGGAGGAAGGGCAUCCCCCACCGCGCCCCGUUCUACGGUUAG